UCCUCUUUUGUCUCUGUGUAAACUCGGUGCAUUUGGUUCUUCGUUAAUCUUGCCUCUUACUCGAACUCAAUUUAAGGAUUUUUUGGUUCUUUCGAGGUUUUGUAAUUUUUGAGGCACAACUUUUUUUUGGGCUUAAAGCCACUACUUAGGGUUGAGCCUCGAUUUGUAUAUCUGAAUUCUGAACCAUGGGAUCGGGAGAACCUUCUAGAACUUCAACCAAUGCCGGAAACAGUGACGGCGGUGGCGCAUCAACUUCCGGCAGCAGCGUCAAGAGAUUUCCGCUCGCAGCGCAGCCGGAGAUUAUGAGAGCCGCCGAGAAAGAUGACCAGUAUGCCUCCUUCGUCUAUGAAGCUUGCCGUGAUGCUUUUCGUCACCUCUUCGGUACAAGAGUAGCUGUAACUUACCAGAAUGAGGCAAAACUCUUAGGGCAGAUGCUCUAUUAUAUGCUGACAACAGGUGCAGGGAAGCAAACAUUAGGAGAAGAAUACUGUGAUAUCACUCAGGUUGCAGGACCAUAUGGACUUUCGCCAACACCUGCAAGACGUGCUCUUUUUAUUUUCUAUCAGUCAGCUGUUCCAUAUAUUGCAGAAAGAGUCAGUUCUAGAGCAGCUUCCCAUGGCAUCACCCUGGCUGAUUCAAUGGUGGAUUAUGCAUUUAGGGAUGAUCCUACUUCAAGCAACGAAGCUGAGGCAUCACCCACUUUUGAGAUACGCUCAUCUUCAACAUCCACUCCAUCAAUUUCAGCUUUUUCAAGAUUGAAAGCCAAGAUAAGGGAUUUCUGGUUGUAUACAGUUCGAAGGUGGCCUUCGAUGCUUCCCCUUGCUCGUGAAAUCUUGCAAUUGGUUAUCCGGGCCAAUCUCAUGUUCUUCUAUUUUGAAGGACUUUAUUAUCAUAUAUCAAAACGUGCUGCAGGCAUACACUAUGUGUUCAUUGGAAAACCUAUGAACCAGCGACCUAGAUAUCAAAUACUAGGGGUCUUCCUUCUAAUUCAAUUAUGUAUUCUUGCUGCUGAAGGUCUGAGACGUAGUAGUUUAUCAUCGGUUUCAACUUCUGCUCAACAAGCACCCUUUGGAACCUAUCAAACUUCUGCAGGCCGAGGUUUACCUGUUUUAAAUGAGGAAGGCAAUCUAAUAACUGCAGAAACUGAGAAGUAUGGAUUGGUUGCUGAAUCCACAUCAACCUCAGAGUCUCAAGGAAACAGUCCAAGCAAAUGUACGCUUUGCCUAAGCAGCCGCCAACAUCCAACAGCCACACCUUGUGGUCAUGUAUUUUGCUGGAACUGCAUAAUGGAAUGGUGCAAUGAAAAGCCUGAAUGUCCCCUUUGUCGUUCUCCCGUAACACAUUCAAGCUUGGUUUGUCUGUAUCAUUCAGAUUUUUAGUCACGGCUAGGGUGAAAUAUUGCAAAAAGAUAUCUGCAAAAUAAAUCACCAAGCACAGGUCUGUUGUGUCAAGAAAAGAUUCAAUAGUCUACUUGAUGACGAAAAAUACGAGAUCCUGUUUUCUUUUCUGUUGCUCACACACAGCUCUGGAAGUGCUGUUGAGGUAAACUGGUGGUUGUGAGCCGUGUAAGUAAGGAGAGUUUUGCAACUAAUUUACCACGAGUCGAUGAGAAACUUUGGCGGAUCAUUUUAUCGAAAGCAAGCACGUAACAACUUUACUUGCUUUACACACUGAACAACAAUCAUUAGAUUUUCCUUCACAGGAAUGGAUCAAUUACUGUUUGGUAUGAUCGGUACAUGUGAUGUAAUACAAGAAUUUGCUUGGUAUGUUUUUUCCAGCAUUCGUCGACCGGGUAUGAGAAAUAAAAAUUGAAAUGAAAUGUAA